GCUCAGUUGGCAAAUAUGAAAUACGUUUACGCAUCGGUGCUGGCCCUAUCCGUUGUAAUCGGUGCCACGGCCGUGGACUGGCAAUCCCUCAUAUCCGUCGACAUUGAUCCCAAAUUAACAAUUCAUCGCCCUAAUGUGCAUGCUGGACGCAUUACCAGGGGUGAUACAGCUGGCAGAAGUCAGUUUCCGUACCAGGUUGGACUAAUGCUCUACCUUGAAGGGGGCGCAGCCUGGUGUGGUGGCUCUUUAAUUAGUGAUCGUCAUGUGAUUACUGCGGCUCAUUGCACGGACAGCUUGACCACGGGUGUAGAUGUCUAUCUGGGCGCCUGGAAUCGUACUAACAAACUAGAACAAGGUCAGCAGAUUAUCUUUGUGCCAACCAAAUACGUCACUGUGCAUGAGGGAUGGGAUGCAUCCACCCUAACCCACGAUAUAUCGGUCAUAAAGCUGCCCGUGCCUAUUGAGCUCAAUGAGUAUAUUCAACCCGCUCAACUGCCCGUCAAACAGGAGUCGUACAAUGCUUACGUCGGUGAGCAGGCGAUCGCUUCCGGCUGGGGCAAGAUCAGUGAUAGUGCAAGUGGUGCCACUGACAUUCUACAGUACAUUAAUGUGCCAAUCAUGAAGAACUCGGGCUGCUCACCCUGGUACGGAGGUAUUCUGACCAGUAACGUAAUCUGUAUCAAGACCACUGGCGGCACAUCCACCUGUAACGGCGACUCCGGUGGUCCUUUAGUCCUGGCGGAUGGCAGUAACACCUUGAUAGGUGCUACCUCCUUCGGCAUUGUUUUUGGUUGUGAGAUUGGCUGGCCAGGAGUGUUUACGCGGAUCACAUCGUAUUUAGAUUGGAUCGAGAACAACACUGGCGUGGUUAAUCAUGGUUAUUAAUGCUGUUUGCUUAAAAU